AACUUAGACAACUUAAUGGGUAAUUUGGAUAGCUCAAAGUCACAUUUAAUAAGAAGUCCAACGAAUUGUUUGUUUCAAAAGAUUCUGAACUUCCUGGUGACGCCUCCUGCUGAGCAGCGGACCAAUGAGCGUAGCGGGGCGGUUCUCACUGUGCUGGAGAAAGAAAGACCCCUCUAUGCGCAACCGUUAGUCGCCAUUUUGAGGAGUUUGACCUGCAAAUAUCGUAAUCGCGGCGGCGUUGGGAUGAAUAAUUUCCAGCAACGCAGAGGCAGUGGGCCCGGCGGCCCAAUGCGAGGUGGGCUAAUGGGAAACCCAAAUUUCAGGAGCCAUCCUUUCCAAAAUCAGAACCAAAAUCGGAGGGGACCAAAUAAUAACUUCAACAGACCGCCGAAUCAGGGCCCACAAUUGACUCCCCAGAAGCCACAACAGAACCAGUCGCUGCCAAUCAUCCCUCCGCCGAGUCCCGGCCCGGCUCUCACAAUGAAAGGCCCGAUGCAGCAGCAGCAACCACCGGCACAGCAAAAGCAGGAGCAGCAGCGGACACCGACAACCCCUACGCCUCCGCCGAAGAUUCAGUCACCCCCGCCGAAACCUAACAUGACCUCCCCUCAGCCUAACCAGGCAAACAAAAACCAGAACCAGAACCAGCAGCUGAAGUCACCGGUGGGAAAUGCUAACGGACAGCAACAGAAGCAGCCUCCACACCCGAGCCCGAAGCCAGGUCCACAGCAAGGCCCGAAGCCAAGUCCACAGCAAGGCCCGAAGCCAGGUCCACAGCCAGGUCCACAGCCAGGUCCACAGCAAGGCCCGAAGCCAGGUCCACAGCAAGGCCCGAAGCCACAAGGCCAGAGGACAGGGCCACCGAUGAUGAACCGGGAGGUUCCGGAGAAUAGGGCCACAAACAGCGCUGCAGCCGAGUCAGACGGGAGCCAUCCAAAGGAGUUUAGGGCAACACUGUCCAUGCUGCUGAAACCCGGUGAGAAGUCGUACACACAGCGGUGCCGUCUGUUCAUUGGCAACCUGCCCAAUGACAUAACGGAGGAAGAUUUCAAGAAACUGUUCGCGAAAUAUGGGGAGCCCAGCGAGGUCUUCAUCAACAAAGGCAAAGGCUUUGGUUUCAUCCGAUUGGAGUCCCGUGCACUUGCAGAGAUAGCAAAAGCAGAGUUGGAUGACAUACCCAUGAAAGGCAGACCCCUGCGUGUCCGAUUUGCCACACACUCCGCAGCUUUGUCUGUGAAGAAUCUGUCGCCGUUCGUUUCCAAUGAGCUCCUGGAAGAAGCUUUCUCACAGUUUGGAAUGGUCGAGAGGGCUGUUGUCAUUGUAGAUGACCGUGGGCGCUCCACAGGCAAGGGCAUUGUCGAGUUUGCCUCCAAACCUGCUGCUAGAAAGGCACUGGAUCGUUGCAAUGAGGGUGUCUUUCUGCUCACCACGCAACCCCGGCCUGUCGUUGUCGAGCCCCUGGAGCAGUUUGAUGAUGAAGAUGGUCUUCCAGAGAAAUUGGCACAGAAGAACCCCAGAUAUCAAGCAGAGCGCGAGGAACCUCCUCGUUUUGCUCGUCCAGGCACUUUUGAAUUUGAGUACUCCAAGCGCUGGAAGUCCCUGGAUGAAAUGGAGAAGCAGCAGAGGCAGCAGGUGGAGAAGAACAUGCGUGAGGCCCGUGAGAAGCUGGAGAGUGAGAUGGAGGACGCUUACCAUGAGCACCAGGCUAACCUGCUCCGACAAGAUCUGCUGAGACGACAGGAGGAACUGCGGCGCAUGGAGGAGUUGCACAGUCAGGAGAUGCAAAAGAGGAAGGAGAUGCAGCUCAGACAAGAAGAAGAGCGACGCAGGCGGGAGGAGGAGAUGCUUCGCAAGAGGGAGAUGGAAGAACAGAUGCGCCGCCAGCGUGAAGAGAACUACAGGAUGGGCAACUUCAUGGAUAGGGACAGGGAAAUGAGAAUGAAUCCGGGUGGAGCUAUGGGCAUGGGUGAUAUGCCCUUUGGUGCAUCCAACCAGAAGUUCCCCAUGGGUGGACUGGGCUUUGAGGGACAGCAGGGACCAUCAUCAGGAGGCUUGAUGGGCAACGAAAUGCGCAACGAGCGCUUCGCCCAGGGCGGUCCUAGGGGAAUGGGUCCUGGUAACCCCGGGUACGGGAGGGUCCGCGAGGAGUUUGAUGGUCCUUCUAAGAAACCCCGUUUUUAAACGCUGUUCUUUGACGCUCCCAGCAGCACCAUUUGUAUAGAUUAUCCAAACAUGCUUUUCUUGUAUUUAAGUUUAAAUUGUUGCUACAUUUUAGCCUGACAAUUUACUCAUUUUAUGACAAAGUCAAUAUUUUCAUUUUUUAUUUUGUAUUGUCAGUAGUAUGGAAAGAGAGGUCAACCUCGUGUGGUCCGUUAGUUCUUUCUGACCCAUGUAUAAUUUUGUUUUCUAGAUGUAUUAUGCUCUGUGAGUCGCCGUGAAGUGAUAAUUGUAACAUUUUUCUCAACUUUCUAUGGCUGUGUUUUGUGCCAUACAUUUGGAGUCAAAGCAUGUAUUAUAAUAAAGAGACAUUGGUUCUAUCAGGACAAACCUUUAACAUUUAUUCCUAAAAGUUGAAACGUACAGUACGUUCGAAAAGCAACCAAAUUCCAACAGUUGGUUGUUUGCACAAAUUAAAUAAUUUGGAUAAAUCUGCCACGUUAGGUCUUAAAGGGUCUAUGUGUUAUCUCUGCCAGAGUCCUGACCUCUUUCGUUCAGCGAUGCGUAAAACACAAUCUAAAAAACACAUGUGGCCCCGUCUGAAGCGUAUGCUCGCUGCAAAUGCCCCACCCAUCCUUUGCAUCUUUAUUUUCUUCCCAGCAGAUACCAUGUCAGUUUAUUAUAUUUUUAACAAAGAAGUAAUUAAGCUGAGACAUAAAUAGUGCGAAAUAACACUGGUAAGACAUUUAGCAUCUGCUAAGAAGUCUAUAGACUAGUCGGCACCCAGCACAACUUUGCCAUUUCACUCUACAAACACUGCACUCAGUGGAAAUAUAAGUCUCCUCUCUGUGAAACAUUAAACGUGCUAAAAAGCAAUUUUUCAUACUCAAGUGGGUGCACUGAGUUGUUUACCGUGUUUCAUUCAUUGGCAUUCGGUAACUCUGCUUUUACAGUCUUGCUUCAGGCGAGCAGAAAUACUACACAUAGAACCUUUAAGAAAGCCUGUGGUAUAGUGUGUGUGGUUGUGUGUAGCCAAGUGGACACACACUCGUCUUCUUACAAACACAUUCUGCUCAUAUCACGUACUCGGUCUGUCACUGACACACAGUCCACAUUAGUGUGUGUUUUGUGUGCAUGUUUGGAACCUGGGGUUAUUGGCUACGUUUACAUGCAGUCUAACGAUGAUGAUAAUAUAAGGAUCACCAUGCUCACCCAUGUCUGUUAGUAAAAUCGUCAAUUCUCGUAGAUGGACAGGUGACAUAAAACUUUUGGAGUUGGAUUAUGUCUUUAAAAUUGUUAUGAGAUCUCGUCCAUUUAUAAAAGCAACAACCUUUUGAUGACCCGAUUUGUUUGUAUUUCUCUUAAUGAUGUGAUGAUGGACAUCAUUACACUUUUAGUCUCAGUUAUGCUUCUGGCAGUGAGAUGGAUAUACAAGGGCCCUUUCACACCUACCUCGUUUGGUCCAGACUUUGGGACUGUCACUUUGAUCUGACUCAAAAUUACACAUGUAAAACCUCCCCCAGACGACGAACCGAGGUCCUAUGAAAAGAGGUGGUCUCUGUCCUGAUCAAGUUAACCAUGGUUCGGUUCGUUUCUAGUGUGAAAACAUUUUUGGAUGGUUCGGACUUUUGGACCAAUUACAGGAAGUUCUAUCUGCAGGCUAUCGUCAGAACCGGAAAAAGGAAAAACAACGCAACAAAACGUGGGGAGAGGAGACCAAAUUAUUAUUAUAGUGGCAACAAAAUGAAACUGUUCAUUAAUUUUUCUCCAUUCAUUCAAACUGCGAUAAAAGGCUACCUGCUGAAUUGACAACACGCCGACGUCAGACGCACGCCCAUCUACAAAUCAAUCAAUUGUAAGUACAGCUAGGUGAUGAUGACAGGAUGUCAUGUAUAGUUCUUUAGUGCACUUGCAUGAUUGCAGUGUGAAACCAAAACUGACCGGAUCAAAUGUGUACAAUAUAACACGAACCUUGGUUCGGCCUUUCAGGUGUGAGAAGGCCCUGAGAAAGCCCAAGUGCAAAAGUGCUUCAGUGUGUAGAUGUUGGCCAUGUAUUAAAGUGUAAUGGCAGUUAAACAAAUAAGCACAUAACCUCAGUCCCCUAAGUGGCAACAUUAAAAACAUUUUCUUAGAUGUUGUUUGGCACCCAGUCACUGUCUAAUCUAAAGACAGAUUAACCUUUACAAACCUGCAUGUAAACGUAGUCAUAUUCAGUUCUGUUAAGGACUUAUUUUUGGGUACAACAGAGGUCAACAGAGUUUGUCUUGACUGAAGUAAUUGACAUGAAAUUUUAUGAGUCGACUGUCCAUAUUAUAGUCGCACUAUUUUUGGCAUGUGUAAAUCUGCCUUUGCUUGACUGGCAAGGAGCUCAGUUUGACCAACAUGCAUAGUGGUCAGUUUUGAAACUAAAGCAAGUUUAGUUCUGUCUAUGGAUGAAAACGUCAUCCCUUAUUUUCCAAAAAACAUAAAGCAAGCAAGGGGCCACCCCGUGACCAAUUCUAUUCAGUUCUUACUCUUAAUAUAUUUUUAAAUUCUUGCUUUUAAUUCAAAAUAUUUAUGAAUUAAUGACGAUUUUCAUAGCUACAUGACAUUAGUGUAACAUGAGAGUAAGCAAACAUAGCCAAUGUUGGAUUUAGAAAAUGGAUCCUAAACGUGCACAAGUUGUAGCAAUCAUUUUGCUGGACCUGUAAGAAGACAAGAAAUCCAGAGUAUCAGUUCUGUGCCCAGGCUUUCAGAGUUAUAAGCAAGGUAAACUGCAUUGAUUAUGGCUCAUUCUGGAGUGGAAUAUAUGGCCUGUCUCUGCUACACCUUUUCUACUUUCUACUUCCUGUUACUGACAAGACAUGUCAUGACAACAUUUCACUGUCGACAGCUUGUGAAUUCCCUUUUACAUCUUAUCACAGUUGUAUUGAUUUCAUAAUCCAAUACAAUUUUACACUGAAUUCUAAUUUAAUUUAUAUUGUGCUGCACAGAUACAAGGUUAUUUGGCUGAAAGAAGUUUUCUCAGCAUGCUCUUUUAGUUAAUUGUUGGUCAUGGACAAGCCUUACUAUGUUACUUCGGUACAGCCGGGGUCCACAGUGCUUUCAUUUUGUUAUUUCCCCCAGAUCUGUUGUUGAAGGUGACAUUUGACAACAAACGCACCUUCUCACACUGCCUCAUAUCAUUAAUUGAGUCACAUUCAACAGUGCCCAUUGACAAGUCUAUCUGCAUUUCAGGAGACAUGUUAAGCUGUAGCUGCAUUAAUGUCAUUUGUGGCAAUAUUACAAGACAAAAGAGCCCACAAAUCGUAUCAAGAGAACUGUCGUGGUUGCCUUCUACCCAGGAUGCAAAGUCUUCAAUAUGGGGAGCAAUAAAAACAUAAUGCCUGGUAUUAAAUACCUUGAGAUAAUGGAGUUACCAAAUCUGUUUUGAAUUUUGAUGGUGGGCUACCUGUUUGUUGUCAACUGGAUCACAGAUUGUACCUAAACUCUGUGGUUGAUUGAUUGCCCACUACAUAAAGAAACUGUCAAACUAUUAACAUUUUAUAUAAUUAUCAUAUGAAAGAAACCCUCGUUCUUAAGGUGUCCUUCGACAUUUUUAUUCUGCUGGCCGCUCCCCAUUAAUCAUGUUAGUACCUGUUUUGAGGUAUUGUGACAUCACUUGGCAUCAAAUGGACACUGGCUUGCCUCAGCAAGCAUUUCUCAGAGUUGUGUGGUAGGAGGAGGUGGGCUGUAAAGUGAGUGUAAGUAUUCUUGUAAUAAUUACAACUUGAAUCUUGACAAGUAUAAUUGUUACACUUGACUGCGUUUUUGUUAUGGAAAUGGAGAAUAUUCUGAAAGAUGAAGCAGGACACUUUGAUUAUUUUUUCCUGGAACUAGCUUGACUGUGGACUAUUGAAGGUGCAUUUACAUUACGUGCAGUUGACAAAAGUGUCCUUGGAACAGCGCAACUUCUGAUACUACUUUUUUAUAAUAGUUACAUUUUUAAGUUAAACAAUAAGUGGCUUUCAGCCACCAACCUUUUGGAGUCACUUGCCUACUGCUCUUUUGUAAACAGUAAGUGUCUGUCCACUUUGGACAACAUUUGGAUCUGUAACAGGAUGACUACAAUGCAUCCUAUGUCAGUUGUUCUCAUUUGUCAAAUAGCCAAAGACUGCCAAAUCAUUGGAGCAUGUAAGACAUCAAGAACCUUAAAAAAUGAUUUGUAGCAUUCCUCUUGUACACAGUAUGAUAAUGCACCCUGCACAAUAACUAAAACAAGAUUUUUUUGCUUGGAAAGAAAGUCAAGAAAAAUCUUCUGAACAUCUUCGUUUGGCAUCUGAGAAUCCUGCAAAACACAUCUGAAAUGGCUGCAAAACAGAGGACUACAAAUACUUGGAUGAAUUUGGUAAUAGAUUUGGAUGUCAUGGAGUGUUUAUCUGCAAUGUUACGUGUGUUUGUGUUAUGUACAUUUUUUUCUUUAACAGGUUUGACCAACUUUAAAGGUUAUGGACUGUGGAGGAUUUUGUGGCUGUAUAGCGUGUACUCAGGAAUGCUUUAGCAAAGUAACCUAAACACUGGACUUGUUCAAAUGACCUUAGUAGGAUUCACAACAGAACAGUAUAUAGAAGAUUAAAACAAGGAUGCCAACACAUUUGCCUUUGAGCCCGUGUAGUAUAGAUUGGCAGUUGGGCAAUGAUGCACAUUCCUCUUGCAUGAAAAACCCUGUAGAUAAAACACCUACACAAGUAAACCCCAAGAUUUUAUUUUUUUUUUCAUGAGAAAUGUCACUUCAGAUGAGAGAGCAGAAAUUCUGUCUAGAAAUUGUUUGUUUCCCCUAAUUUUUUUUUUUUCCCCCAGCAGCGUACAAAAAGUUGGAAAAGCCUAGAGCAAAUAAAUAAAAAACACCCAAGAAGCUUAAAGACUAAACUUGCUACAGAAGUGCACUUAGAUCUGGGAAAAGUCAUUUAGUUAUGAUACGUUCAUGGCGCAGCACCAACUAAGUGUUAUAAUGGUAUGGAAAACUAUGUUUAAAUGACCCCUGAAUCAUUAUAGAUAGGAUCAUUCAUGUUUGCCUUUUGUGUCUUAGUUUACUUAACUUACAGCUUUUGACAUUUAUCUGUAGAAAUUAAUAUAAAAAAAUAGACAUGCAAGAUUCACUCCAUUGUGUAUAAUUACCCAGCAUUUGUACAUUAAAAUCCAAAAGAAACUUAGUGAGUAGUUUGCAUUGCUAAUUUGCUUUACUAACCUCAGCUCCUCCCAUGGUCACCGUUGUCCUUUCUUUUCCUAACCAACCAGUUUUUCAGACUCAUCUGAAAAUGUAAAUAUAAUUUAACUAGAUGUACAGUAUGUGUACAGGACAAAGUUGUGCACCAGUUCAGUCUAAGCUUGUACCUGACGUUCUUAACACUGGACAUGUAAGUAUAAUGACAUGCAGCUAAAUCAAGUAAUUAACCUUACUUACUUCCUCUAAAUUUAGGUAAUGUUAGAUAGCAGCCAAAAAACUGUUAGCCUUUCCUGCUCAGCUCCCAGACCGUAGUCGUAAGCACAGGGGAGGUGUUGGCUAGGGCUAACUCCCUUCACUUUUCCAGCAGUUGAGAAAUGACAUACAAGACUUUUCUUGGUCUUGAGAAGAUGCAGCAUUUAUUAACUGACACUGUAACCUAUACUGUACAUUUACUGUGUGAUUAACACAGUACCUUUCAUGUAGAUGUUCUUUGAAGAAUGAGGUGAGGGAGCUAGCCAACCGUGAAAAUCAUUAGUAUCCCAUUGUUAUUAAUGAUCAUGUGAAAUUUUAGUAGCUUCAGAAUGAAUAUAAGGGAAACACUGGCGAGUACUUACUUUUCUGAGAGGGAUUGGCAUCACCGAAUUGCAACAAUUUUUGAUAAGUAUACUGCAGUCAUUAAUUUGACAAUUUCUGAUUUCUUUGAAGACAUGCUGUAGUUACAUAACUCCUUGUACUUCUGUUGUGGGAAUGGAAGUCAGUGUGAAAGGAGCGCUCCUUUCCACAACACCAAAUUGGUGUUUGUUGGUUUAAUCAUAUCAGAAACAGCUUUAUCGGCCAGGUGUGUACACAUACAAGGAAUUUGACUGCGGUUUUUCGUUGCUCUCAAUGUACAUGCACAGAAAUAAACAUAAAUACAGCUUUAAAAAAAACAAGGACAACAAGGUAAACAUUAAGCUAUGUGCAUAUAGAUAUAUAUAUUUUUAAAAAGUACAAAAAACAUUUGAAAACAGUAAGACAAUUAGUGCGAAUGGUGCUGAAAUAUAUAUGGUUAAUGAAACAUGAUGCUUUAUAUACGUGUAUAAGUUUAGUCUGGAACCAGUUUACAACCCUUGUGUCUGUGGAUCAGUGCUGGUGUAGCUAUUUUUCAGAUCACAGCCUAAAACUAAAUAUUAAUACAACAUUAAACCAGCUUUUUAUUUACCUCGCCCAAGGUCAGCCUUGAGGGUUAUUCCAAAUUUGAUACUUUUUUUUAGAUGGCUUCCACACUGAGUUAUAAUCAUUUCAUGAGUAAAAAAGAUACCUUUGCUAAGCUUUUUGAUGCUUUAAUCCUUGAGUCUUUUGCCACUUUAUCAAGAUUGACAAAGAGAAUUUAGUGCAAUAACAAACCCCUUCGGAUUCAUGUAUGUAGUACUUUUUUGUAAAUAGACUGUCCAGUGUCUGUGUGACUUAAUGGACAGAUGUUUAACUGGAUUUCCUGACUGAAAUGUAACCCCUGGAAGGGAUUUUGUCACAAGGAAAAUGGAAAAACAAGGGAGUAAAGGUCAAAGUCAAAUGACUGCCAGUACUUUGGAGUUGGUAAGACAAUUGGAUAUUUUAAAAAGUGUAAGGAAUUAAAGGUGAAUACGCAGCUUACGAAACUUAUAAUUACUAAUUUAUUUUUGUGUAUAGCAAGUUAAAGAUAAGAUUUAUUUAUUUUUUUUCUAUUUCUGCUUUAUUAUGAUAGUGAUAGCUGGUGAGAGACAGGAAAGGCAGGGGAGAGAGAGAAGGGUGGGCAUGACAUGCAGCAAAGGGCCGCUGCGGUAAGCCUUGAUACAUGGUACGCGCUCUACCAGGUGAGCUACUGGGGUGCCUCGCAAGUUAAUGUUAAAUAAAAUAUCAUAUUAGACACGUAUUUAUGAAUAUUAGGAUAAUUUAGGGCUUUGCUAGUUGAAGAAACUAUUUCACUGGAGAGAUUAUUCUUCACACAGCAUCUGAACAUCCUGCAAAAUAGUACUACAAGUUCUCAUUGACUUGACCUAAGUGUACAUUUUAAAACUUGUAAUGUUAUGUCUGUGUGUUGGUGUUGUGUACAAUUUGUUUUUCUUUAACAGGUUUGACCAUCUUUAAAGGUGUUGGACUAUGAGAAGGAACUUUCCAAACCAAGAAAUUCAAAGUCUGUAGCUUCGGUUGGAGUGGUUUUGUUAAUGAAAAGCUAUUACUCUCGAGGACCAAAUAGCACCUAUUUUUAAGAAAUGUACAUUUAUUGUUGAUCAUGAUACUGUAGGUGGUGGCUCUAUAGCUUGGACUAUAGCUUGUAAAGUUGGAAGAUAGUUUUUAAUAUUUGGCCAUUCUUCUUCCAAGUACACAAGAUUGAACUGAUUGUGCCAAGAAACACUAAACUUCCCCUAUCGCAGAACACUUUGACUUUGCGUUAUUGGAGCGAAAAUGAAAAUGAAAGCUUUGACACUAACCAAAUUUCCAGAGAAUGCAAAUGAAUGUGUUUCCAUCCACUACCAUUAUGCAACUAUUAGGAGCUGGUUUGUCGAGAAACAGCUGGUGGCGCUAAUUCUCCAGUCGGGUGCCCUUAAACCAUUGCAGAAGAAGAGGACACAACGAGAUGACAUAAUUAAAUGAGCGCCAGUCAAACAAUGUCGAACACGUGAUUGGAAAUAUGGCAUUUAUUUUUGUUUGAUGUAUUUGAGGAACGUUACAGUCUCCUCACCGCUCCACACAGAUCUUAUUCCUGUUUUCGUCUGCUGCUAUUUUUCGUAUCUUCAGUGGAGUGGAUGUUUAAGUCACAUGCUUCAAGUCAAGUCUGUUUCCAUUGGACUGUAUCACAUUUUGCUUUUAUCGGUACACAAACUUUUCCACCUCCGCCAAGCGUAAAAACGUUUUGAGAUAUUUUGAGAUUUCCUCGAAUUUCCACUCAGGUUUAUUUUAUUUAUUUUUUGAUGUGCACAUUGAAAAUGUGCCUAAAAACUGGUGGAUGGAAACCCACCUACAGACUUUCUUUUUUUUUUUAUGAGAAGUUCAUAGUCAAGAUUUCUUUUAAAGGUGGCGCCAAAGCACAUUGAACAGACUACAAAGGAAUGGUAUUACUGAGGUUUGGAACAGGGUAUUGGAGCAAAAAUUUUAAUCAAAUCUUUGACGCUGACAUUCUUAAAGAAAAGUUCUUUGUCAAGAUUUGUGUAAACAUGGCGCCAAGCUCACUUAACAUACUAUUAAGCAACUAAAUUACAGAGGUUCAAAACAGCGAUGUCCCUUAUUACCAACACAUUUUGACUUUGUGUUGUUCGAGUAAAAAUAGUAAACCGCUUUGACACUGACGUUAAAGAGAAGUUCGUGGUCAAGAUUUGUUUAAACGUGGUGCCAAGCACUCUUAACAGACUGCACAGUAACUAUAUUAGAGGUUCAGAACAGGCAUGUCCCUUACUACCAAUGUAUUUGACGGCAUCAGUGGCGUAAAAUUAGAAAUCAAACCUUUGACACAACAUUUUUAAGAAGAGUUCAUAGUCAAGAGACUAUAAAGUAACUAUUACAGAGGUUUGGUCCCGUGUUGCAACACAUUUUGACUUUGCGUUAUUGGAGUAAAAAAACCAAAGCUUUGACACUGACAUUCCUGAGUUUCCCCUCUGGGAUCAAAGUAUUUCUGAUUCUGAAGUAUAGUCAUGUUUGGGUUGGGCGAUAUGUUAAAAAUGUUCGCCGACCUGCCGAUAUAUUAGCGCACGUGUGUUUGCGCCAUGCCCGGCCCCAUUUUCCUUACUAAACAGAAAAAUACGACCGUACACCUUCUGAAUUUGUUUCUCUUUCACCAAACUAAGAAUAGCUUAAUUGCCUUGUUAACUCAUCAAAAUACACUUCAUUCACCUCAACAGAAACAAAAUAAAACCCACCAAAAAACCGCCAACUCUGGUUUGGUCAAAAUAAACCCUUAAUUCAGAGUUAGAUGUGAAAAUAUUCUGGCUGUUUCCCUGCUGCUUCUCUCUGCCAUUGCUGGCCUUUUUGUGCUACUGGGUUAGCUCGCUGAACAAGAGUCUGUCGCUGAGAAGCGGCUCUCACUCGUCGUUCAGAGGCAAACCUUUAAAUUAGCAAAAUAAAAUGACAAAAAUCGUCCAGACAAAAAUCGUCCAAACAAAACAAAACCAGUCCAACAAGACGGUCGCUUGUUAUUUCAUUGCGCAGUGCGUUGGAGAUCAGAGCUGCCACCAAGGCAUCAUGGACGGCUAGUGGACUGCUAACAACAAUAACUGUUUUAAAAAUGGAUAAAGACAUCACAUUUAUUUUCCACUUGCCCGAUCGGACAACUGCAUGAGGCAUUCCACUUGCCCGAACAGAGUUUACUUGCCGUGGGCAAGCGUUAAUGUUGAGCCCUGCCAUGCACCGUUUGAAGAGAGGAUGGCGUGUUGUGCCUGUGUGGUCGUGUGUAUGUUUCAUGUCUUUGGGUAAAUGAGAGGUGCGUUAGCUGCUGUCAGCCAGCUUGUCAAAGACAGGCUGCCCCAGUCCACAGUAGAGGCUCUUCUCUGCAGUUGGGUUACAUUGACGAGUAGUUCUGCAGAAGUCAGUGGACAGUAAAGCCUGGACUUGUUUGCACUGCAGCCAGAGGUAUGCUUACACAGAUCAGCUGAACAAGUAAAGGUAAGUGUCCCAUCCAUGUUUAUAAUACAAGAUGCACAGUUGUCCCAUAACUUGACUCUACUCUGUCCUCUCUACCAUGUCACUGCUCACAGUGACGUUUACAGGGCUUCUGGCAUCACACUUACAAAGAAUGGCAUCACAGUGCAGAUCUCUGUUCUUCAACCUUUUUGUGUGGGGAUGUGGUAAAACAUUAUAGCCCGUGCAGUGUGUGUGUGUGUGUGUGUGUGUGUGUGUGGUUGUAGUACUUUGGCUUCUCUGUAUGUAUGCAUGAAAGGAACUAUGUAUGGACGGCUGAGUCACUGGUUCAACACUACAGUUUCUAACCACAGAUGUGUGGAAUACAGUGCUGAAACUUGACACACUGACAUAUAUUUUGGGAACACUGGAAGUCAAGAGAGGGGUAUCCUGUUUUUUAUUUUUUGGCAUUGCUUGAAGUUUUUAAGCAAAAUGAACUUAAAGCAUUAGAAAGCUUAACUCUUGUACAACCGUACAAGAUAUUUCAGUUGUAUACUCUUCGUUCAGCUUGUGCUGAUUUCUUUGGUGAUUUUUGCUGUUUGUAAACAGUUUUUGCCAUAUUUAAAAGGUAAUUAGCAAUGGAAAUAGGCAGGUUGUGUGCAACAAUGAACAAAGUAAAAUUUUCUACUGUAAUUCACUAAAAACUUUAUGUAGUUUUGUCUUUGUGCUGCACUGCUUUUAUAUCUUUAACAGUCAAAUAGUGCUGUGUCUAAUCAAAACUACAGAAACUGAUUAUUUCUGGUUUGGUACCUUUUUAAUGUAUUUGUUAAAAUUCUUACUAUAUUGGCUAGCUUUUUGCCCUUUCAGAAACAGUACAAGUGCGCAAGCCAAUCUUUGUUUCACAUAAUUAUUUUUACAAGUACAGUACUAGUGUGAAUCACUGAAGCAUGGUAAAUUAUUAAAAUCAUUCAAACUAUUUAAAUGUUAUAGUAGUUAGCGCUUUCGUUUAUCACUGAGUUGUGUAGACAUUGCACUGACCUUGGCAACUGACAGAACUGCUCCAUCUGUCAUCACUACUCCUGACUCCCUCUGUCUCUGGCUGUGAGAUGUCUUUAAAACUACAAACAUUAAUAUUUGUGGGACUGGGUUGGGAUGUCUUUGCAGUUUUUAAGUGAAACAUAUCACAUACUGCUUGGGUUGCUCUGGGUGGGAUUGUAAAAAAUGUAAGUCCCCAUGUCAUGACAUCCUGUUUUUUAAUCCAAUGCUCAAUGCAGUUUGCCUGUACUUUGAUCCUUACACCACAACCUUUUGUGACUUUGUGUUUGUGUAGAUAGUUUGGUGUGGCUUCUUUCUCUUGAAAAGGGCAAAUAUUUAAAUUCAAACAAAUUAUGACUAAUUUCCUUAGUUCAUGUUAAGCAGUUUCUCUUCACUUUCCGUUCAACCAAAGGGCUAUAAACUUUGGAUUUACUAUAUCACCGGAAGUGUCUAUACUCUGACUACACCAGUGCAUUAUUUACAACAGACAAGUAUUGUAUGGGGAGAAAACACAAACACAAUGCCAUGGUUGCAUGCCGGUGUUCUGAAAACAACGUAAAGUUAGUUAUUGUUGUUUGGCUGCUGACGUGGCCCAUUUACCAACUAGGUCAGCAGCUGUGACACACAGCUUAUGAAUACAGGUACUUUAAAACCCUUGGCGCCAGAUUGCCGCAAUUUGCAUCAAAAAUCACACUCUUUCUUGGAGUCAUAACUCAGUUAAAUCUGAACACAGACAUGAUGCACAUUUUUAGAUUCAGUGUGACACUUCCCAAGGAUAUCACGUCUUUGAUGUCAUCGCGAUUAAACGUCCAUAAAUCUGCUUAGAAAUCAUCGGGGGGUGGGGAGACUCUCCUUAUAAUACCAGAACUUGCCUGAGAAUCAUCAUGUUAAGUUUUCUUUAGUGUCAAAGUAUAAUCCAGUGCUAGUUGUCUGUACACAUCUAUGGUUAAAUUGCAAAUAGGAACUGCUAAUAGGUCAUUUGGCAUACUUUUAAUGGUGCCAGGCUGCAGGCUAACUCACUGAAUCCAUGGCAACAUACUUCCUGUUUACAUCCCCCAACGCAUCAUGGGAACUGUAGUUCUAAAACUUAGAGAUGAUCACCCCCUUAAGAAGUAAGACAAAGAAUAAUAGCAGCAAAACCAUCAAUAACUAUCAGUAUUUUGUUUUACAGUGUAACAGGGCAAUGCACUUCAAAAAUGCUAUUUUUCUCAAAACGGAACCACAAUAAAAAUGCUCUGCUUGAUACUUUUUAAACAGUGACUACUACUUCACAAUAAUAUACUGACUGAAACUAGAAAACCAUGCAAUAAACUGACUAAAAUCACUUCAGUCUUAACGCAGCAACAAUAGUGUUUACAAACAGGCCUAAUAUUACAGCAGCAGCAAGAUUACCAGAUAUUCCUUUAAUGAAUAAUCGGUGAAAAUAAACUACUACUAAACUUCAAACUUUUAAGAUCCCUGAUCUAAAUGAUGGUUGUUGGUGUUAGACUGUGUGUAAGACACGGCAAAUUUAUAUAAACCUUUAGUUGUUGGUUAUUUCACAUCCUGUUAGCGAUCAGUUGAUUGUGAGGAGGAAAAGUGAAAGUAGUUCUUCGCUGAGAUUAAAAUUUUGCAGUAGUGCUGGACUCUUUCUUCUCAGUACCUCUCACUACUCACAUUUUGUCCUUCUUCCUGUUAAACUUCAAUGUCCUGUCAUGCCAGUGACCAGCCAGCCAUUUUGGGAAAAGUACAGUACAUCACGACUGUGGCAUUUUCCUUUUUGUUGCUUGUACGUAGGACUUGUCGUGUAGCUUUAAAAGGACUGUGGUGCUCCCUGGAGUUUAUGGUUCUCACAAGCUCUGAUCAAGAGGGAACUACACUGUGUUCAGCCAAUGCCAUGAAUCAAGCCCUGGAGGCUGUCGAGAUGUAUCUGUCUGCACUGUGAUCCAUUUUCUAAGUUAAGUCUUCAGCUGGCCAAAUAUUUUUUCUAUGUCCGUCUCUGAGUGUGAUGCCAGAACAACCCUUUUUGGCCUCUAAUGGCCUCUUCUAAAAGGGCACUGCCCCAAAGUCUGCAAGACUGACACUGAAAAUGAGCAAGUCUACUUCUGUACAUGGUUAUGGUGCAGCUCCCAGCUCUGUUUGGGGUUUUGCAGUAACACCCCUGAUGUGUCAGUACGAAGUCCAGCUUCACAUGGCUUUGUAACAGAAUUACCUUCCUCGAGGAUUUGAACGUUGUUGUCAUGAAUUUGUCUCGUCCCCUCUGCAGUUUGUAAACAAAUGAAUCUACUUCAGGGUGCUGAGAUGCCUUUCUAAAACUUUACCUGUAUAUUAACUUUCUCACACGAUUCAUACAACAUAUUUGUAUUUCUCCUCACAUUGACAUACACAUGAAGAGUUAUUAACUUGUAAUGCAUGUUCACAUAACAUCAUAACUUGCAUUUACAAUUUAAAACAUGUUUGGUUUUCUUUUGCAUCUCCACAGUCACUGUCUGCACAAACACAUGCACACACAAAACACAUAUACACAGAAAACCACAGGCUGUCGUUUUUUUUGUCUUUUUAAGGGUGGCAAUCUCAAAAUAGUAAUGGUAUAUAAAACAAAAGUAAUGGUAGAAACCUGCUGACCAGUUCACUGCCAGACUCUCAUUGUUUGUCUCUCGCCACAGGAGCCUCGACCAGUGGAAGGAGGCUGAGAAUCCACACCAUUAAAGCAUGGUAAAAUGAAGACUGAUGAUAAAAUGCCAGAGCUGCAGGAGACCGAGCAACUGCACUGUGGUGACGCCAGGAUGACUUCCAUAGCUGCAGGUGGUGAAGCAGAUGCAGUACCAGGAGACAUCCAGCAGAGGACAAGCAGCCCGCGGUCCAGAGGAGGGAUGCGCUGUUUUGUUUUCGCUUUGAAGUUUUUAAUAAUAAAUAAUAUAAACCUGA